AUGCACUGCAAUAUUGUAUUGACUACCGGUUCGAGUAGUGGUAUCGGUGCCGGUAUUGCCAAACUGUUUGCCCGAUUGGGUGCCAAUGUUGUCAUCACUGGUCGAAAUCAAACUGAAAUCCAAUUAGUGGCCAAUGAAUGCCAACAGUUAUCACCAAAAAAACUAAAGCCAUUACAAGUCAGGGCCGAUAUUAGCAAAAGUACUGAAUUGCAGUCACUAUUGGAUCAGACAAUCAAAACAUACGGCCAGUUGGAUGUGUUGGUCAACAACGCCGGUAUGGGAUUGCGGGCUAACGUUACUGAUAAACAAUUUGUAUCAGUAUUUGACAAAAUACUGAGUGUUAAUCUCCGACCGUAUGUUGAGCUCAGUCAUCUAUCGGUUCCCUAUUUGAACAAAACUAACGGCACUAUUAUCAGCAUAUCUAGUAUUAUGUCAACUGUACCGAUGAAAAAUAGUUUAGCCUAUGAAGUGUCUAAAGCCGGUGUCGAUAUGAUGACCCGUGUGUUGGCACUUGAAUUGGGACCCAAUAUACGGGUCAAUACAAUCAAUCCUGGUGUAACUGAGACUAGUAUGCAGCCGGAUAUUGAUCCGGAAAAAUGGGAAAUCCGAAAACGACAGUUCAUAUCCCGUACACCAUUGAAACGUAUUGGUCAGCCCCAGGAUAUAGCCGAAGGUUGUGUUUGGUUGGCCUCCGAAUCGGCCAGUUUUAUAACCGGUACUAAUCUGGUCAUCGAUGGCGGACUUAUCUAUAAUGCCGGCGGUUUAUAA